AUGCACACCGCGAUAAUCACUUCAUUGGGUGCAACCGUUGGUGAGUUUGGUCGCGUAUUCGACAACAACUGUACGCACAUUAUUUGCAGCGAACUUAAGCGGACGGAAAAGUUCAUUGCUGGAUGCGCAGCUGGCAAGUGGAUUGUCAAGCCAUCGUAUCUGGAUGCUAGCGCAAAAGCCAAAGAGUUUGUUGAUGAGACUGUACACGAGUGGGGGAGCCACAAAUCUGACAGUAAGGAUAUCGAUACGCGAAUAUGGCCAGGAGCGUGCGGGUACUGGCGCAAGAAGCGUGCAAGUGGACAUCCCGGAGCAUUUGCUGGUUGGCGUUUCUUUAUUCACGCGAAAUGCACUCCUCCGCGGGAUAUGUGUGAGCGGAUCGUUCUCGCUGGAAACGGCUCGGUGAUCCCGCUUAGCAAAUCUGCCGCUGACUUUGACCGUCUAGCGAAGGAGUCGACCGCCGACGCACCUGUCGUGGCACUUUUUCCACCAGAAGUGCCAACGCGAGACCUGUGGCUGAAGAAGCUCAAGACACACAACAUUGAUUGUCUGAAGGCAAACUUUCUCAUUGACUACAUUUCAAAGAAGCAAACACUGCCUGUCAAGCGUGCAGACUACAGGCUGUAG